AAACUUACUAACUAGUCAUCAAGCAUUUAUCACUUCAACAAUGGCUUAUCACUACACCCCAUCUUUUUUCUUGUUAUUACUUGUCACUUUGUGUUUAACAAGCAGCUAUAUAAUUGAAGUAGAAGCACGCAAUCUUCUUGAAGUAACCAUGCCUGAGCUUCCUAAGCCUGAAUUGCCACAUUUACCGGAAAUCCCAACUUUGCCUAAGCCUGAAUUUCCUAAAAUUACAAAACCCGAGCUGCCAACUCUACCAAAGCCCCAAUUGCCAGAAAUCCCAAAGCCGGAGUUGCCAACAUUGCCGAAACUCGAGAUUCCUGCCUUUCCUAAGCCUGAACUCCCAACUUUGCCAAAGCCAGAAAUACCUCAAAUGCCUAAAAAGCCUUGAGCGCGAGGCUUAUGAAAUUCUCUUUGCUUCAUGAAGCAACAUUGUUAAAAUUUCAUAUUUCAUUGUGUUGUGCGACCAUAGAUACUUUCCUUUGUUGUGCUAGAAUCAUUUCCGGCUUUCUGUUUUGGAAAGAUUAUUUAUGUGAUUGAUUAUGUAAUUGUUCUGUCAUCGAUCAGCUCACUAAUGUACUUGUGUUUCUAGUGGCAUUAUGCACACAUUGUUUUUGUACUCUAAAA